CUGCCAGUGAGAGAGAGAGAGGGAGGGAGAGAAAGAGAGAGAGAGAGACUGAGACUGAGACUGGGGGGCUGUGAAUGGGCCAGGAGGAAGAAAGGGUUCAAGCUGGUUACCUAAGCGGAAAACAACAGACUUUUCCACUGGAGGCUUAACUCCUCACUCCCACUAUGGGUCUCCCAUCUGUGAUGAUAUUGCCCCUGCUGGUGGUGGUGUUCGCCGGAUUCUACUACAUUUACAAUGAGGUCAUCCAGCUCAUGUCCAAGACCAUAGUGCGGAACAAAGUGGUGGUGAUUACGGAUGCCGUGUCUGGAAUGGGAAGCGAGUGUGCCAGGCUGCUUCAUGAGGGAGGUGCGCGGUUGGUGCUGUGUGGACCCAGCUGGGAUAAGCUGGAGUCUCUGAGUGACUCACUGUGCAGUGCCGCAGACCCCAGCAAAACCUUCACACCCAAGCUGGUGCUGCUGGACUUCAGUGAUAUAGACAGCAUGGUGGAAGUGAUCACAGAGAUCGGGGAGUGCUACGGCUGUGUGGACAUUCUGAUAUGCAACAGCAGCAUGAAGGUCAAAGCCCCAGUUCAGAACCUCUCCCUGGACAUGGACAAAACCGUCAUGGACGUGAACUACUUUGGGCCGAUCACUUUGGCCAAAGGCAUUCUGCCAAUGAUGGUUGCCCGGAGAACAGGUCACUUUGUACUUGUCAACAGCAUCCAAGGGAGACUGGCUGUCCCAUUCCGCAGUUCUUACGCUCCCUCCAAACACGCUGUGCAGGCCUUCUUCGACUGUCUGAGAGCGGAGGUGGAGGAGUACGGCAUCUCCGUCAGUACGAUCAGCCACACCUUCAUUAACGCCACCACCCAGGACCCCACCCCCUCCAACUUCCAGCCCACCAACGCCCUGUGGGCAUACAUUUUGAGAAAGCUGAAGACACACGGUGUGAACCCCAAUGACCUGGCCAGUGAGAUUGUGAAGGUGGUGAACGGCAGGAGGAAAGAGGUGCUUGUGGCUCACCCCAUCCCCUGGGCUGCCCUCUAUAUCCGCUCACUGCUGCCCAGCUUCUUCUUCGCUGUGGUGGCAGCGGGGGUGAGGGAUGGGCCCAUGGUUGACCAGCUGAAGUAGAUGUACGUGCACGAUCAAAGUAAUGGCCGAAAGAAAGGAGUGUUUUGUGGAAGAUGCUUAUCAUUAGAAUGUGUGUAAAGCUAUAGCUCUUUAUUAUACAUGAGAAGGAGUCACGAUUUGACCUUGAACUCGGAUUGCCAGCCCUCAGGUAUUGGCUUUGAGGCCUCCUGGAAUCAUAAAGAUUCAAGAUUUUUGUGGUUUUCAUUAAAAAAAAGAAUAAUGGGAGUAAAAUCAGAGUGACUGAUACAUAGUCAUAGUACUAGAUACAUACACAGUCAUAGUGUGACAGCAUACCAAAACGAUGUUGAUAAGAAGGAUACUGUUGGAGUGUCAGAUUAAUGCCUACAUAUAUAGUGGUAGUGCCCCUGCCUGAAUUAACAGCUUGGAUUGCUGGGUAUUUGGAGAAGAAUUAAGUCUACAGUAAAGUGCAAAAGUCAAAGACCUCCUUCCUUUGCAUAAGGAAGGAGAAAGUCAAAGGAUAAUGAGU